AUGUCUACCAAGUUCAAGCCCUCGCCGGCCCCAAGCAGCUCAUCGCCGUUUGCUGCUCAUGAGCCGCGCGCAGCGCUGUUCUUGAAUCGUUUCACCCGCUCUGCGGCCGUCAUAUACGCCACCCCCAGUAUUGUUAACGUCUUAGGCAUACCGCCUUCCUCUCUCAUCUCGACAAGCUUUUACUACUGCAUCGAGGAAUGCUGUCUCCCCCAGGCUGUACAGUGUCUAGAGAGCGCCAAAGCAAACGAUUCAAUAGCAUAUCUACGUUUCUGGUUCCGAGACCCUACCGACCACUACAAUACAUACUCCCAUCCUCCUCCCGAACGACGUAGACGAUAUACCAACGCUGAAACCAACUCCAACACCUACGACUACAACACCUACCCCUCACAGUCAGGCUGCGGACAAGGGCCAGGAUCAGAAAUGCAUUCCCUUUCUACACCUUACGGCAGCAGUUCGCCCACUCCCUCACAGCUGUCGAACCAACGACCCUCGACCUCAUGCUCUACCUCCCCUUUCUCCCCUCAUCCUGCUCCCAUAGAGCUUGAAGCCAUCGUCUCGUGCUCGUCUGACGGGCUCGUAGUGAUUAUUCGACGCGCAAGGCCACCGAUACCCGGCUCUGUGAAAUACCCUGGCCACCCGAUCUACGGCCGGGAUGUAUGUUUCUCCACGCCUGUAUGGUCGACCUCCGACGUGAAGCCAAUAUAUGCUACCGUCGGGCCCUCUGCCGAUGGCACGGAGACCUACGACGAAUAUGGCGACAAGAGACUAGCGCCUGGUGGCCCAGAGCCCGAGGCCCUGAUGAACAUAAUUCGAAACGUGAUGCACACUUAG